UCCAUUUAUACUAACUCUCUGUUUCCUUUGGUAUAGCCAUGCCCUAAUCCAAAGUGACAAACCUCAUGAGUGUCCAGAGUGUGGGAAGAGAUUCAGUCACCUUGGAAAUAUGAAGAAACACAGGAUAGUGCAUACGGAUAAAAAACCUUUUGAAUGUGCUGACUGUGGCAAAAAAAUGAAAAGACGUAAGGAUAUAAUAUAUCACAUACUAGUGCAUUCAGGUGACAAACCUCAUGAGUGUCCAGAGUGUGGGAAGAGAUUCAGUCACCUUGGAAAUAUGAAGACACACAGGAUAGUGCAUAUGGAUAAAAAAACUUUUGAAUGUGCUGAGUGUGGCAAAAAAUAUAAAGAACGUAAAACUCUAAUAGGUCAUUUGUUAGUUCAUUCAGGUCAUGAACUUCAUGAGUGUCCAGAGUGUGGGAGGAGAUUCAGUCAUCUUGGAAGUAUGAAGCAUCACAUGGUAGUGCAUUCGGGUCAUAAACCUCAUGAGUAUCCAGAGUGUGGGAGGAGAUUCAGUCUUGGAUAUAUGAAGCAUCACAUGUUGGUGCACUCGGGUCAUAAACCUCAUGAGUGUCCAAAGUGUGGGAGGAGAUUCAGUCAUCUUGGAAGUAUGAAGCGUCACAUGUUGGUACACUCAGGUUACAAACCUCAUGAGUGUCCAGAGUGUGGGAGGAGAUUUAGUCAUCUUGCAAAUAUGAAGCGUCACAUGUUAGUGCACUCGGGUCACAAACCUCAUGAGGAGUCCGUCUAAUUGUUCCGAACCAUUAUGGAAACUGACCCAACUAUGGGAUGGGUUAAUCCAUGU